AUGAAUCGGAUCCACCCGAAUACUUGCAUACAAUCCUUUGAGGCACAAAAAGCAAGUCGGACAAAACUACCGAAUGGUGUUCAUGUGAUGGAUCUGCUAACCGCCAUGCACCCAUCACUCCAGGAAGUAUCUCCAAGAUUGGCCGAGUAUGACAUGUCGUCGAUGCAUUCUUCAAUAAGCAGUGCGCAAAUUGGCGAACACGGCAACUCGAGGAUUUGUAACGCCGUUACUUGUCGGCGCACUUAUCGACCUGUUCACAGUGGUGAAAACCCAGCUCCAGGCUCCCUUGAGUAUCCUAGUCGCUUCCGUCGCAAGCCCUGUUCACCUCCCUCGGUGUUGCAGGCCAUCUAA